CGAUCUUUGUUCAAAAUGAAGUUUACAACAGCAAUUAUCGCUUUGCUUGGUCUUGUGACUGCUGGCUAUUCAUUACCCGUGGGAUCCAAGCCAUGGGCACUGAUUCCCGAUGGAGCGGGUCGAAUUCAUAUGGUCAACAUUAAUCCGGUCAAUAUACCCUCUGGAGAAGAUGAGUUCGAACCACAUUUUGAUGCGGAGACGGACGUUAUAUUCCGGCUAUUUACUAGACGUAAUCCAGUCAACUCGCAAACUAUUGUAUGGUCGGAUCCUUCCUCGCUUACUAGCUCUAACUUUGACUCGAGUAACCCUACUCGUUUCCUUAUUCACGGUUGGGUUGAAGGCGAGGAUGCAAGAACCCACUGGGUGAUCAAAGAUCAUUUCCUGCGAGUAGGCGAUUUCAACGUAAUUGCCGUCGACUGGGGUGCAGGUGCAGAGACCAUCAAUUACAUUGCUGCUCGCAACCGUGUUGCUAGUGUUGGAGCGGUUACAUCUCGUAUGAUCGAUAUGAUUCGUGAUACAACUGGACAAUCGCGUGAUGUUAUAAACGUAAUUGGAUUCAGUCUGGGGGCUCAUGCAGCCGGAAAUGCUGGUAAAGCACAAGACGGACAGUUGAAUACGGUAAUUGGGCUGGAUCCCGCCGGUCCACUAUUUUCAUCUGGUCAAGCGGACAUCUUAACGGCUAAUGACGCCAUCUACACGGAAGCUGUCUACACCAACGCCAACAACCUUGCAUUCAAUGCUCCUCUAGCCGAUGCUAACUUCUAUCCAAACGGAGGAAGUUCUCAACCGGGAUGUAUCACCUCGACUUGCUCUCAUAUGCGAGUCAAUGAUAUUUAUGCCGAAUCGAUUUCCUCUACCACACACUUUGUCGCGAUGCGCUGUGCCGACUUUGAAGAAAUUCAAAAUAACCGUUGCACCUCUAAUGGACCGUAUGCCAACAUGGGAGGCGAACCAUCGAACCAGGGACGGGGAGUUAGCGGAAUUUAUCAUUUCAUGACGAACUCAGCCUCCCCGUACGCAAGAGGCUGAUAGUACAAUAGCAAUAAAAUGAAAUCUUAUCAACUUGAUUGAACUGAAACUUAAGACUACAAUAGCUUACCAGGAGAGCAAUAAAGAUAAAUCUAUGAUUUGCCAAAA